AUGAAUGUAGACCAUGAAGUUAGACUCUUGGUGGAGCAGAUCCUUCGUCCUGGCACAAAAGACAAGGAUGGGAAAGUGAAAGUAAAAUUUGGUGUAUUAUUUAAUGAUGGCCAAUGUGCCAAUUUAUUUGAAGCCAUGGUUGGAACUCUAAAAGCUGCCAAACGUAAGAAGGGCGUUCCGUAUGUCCGUUUUUCAUCUGUCCGUUUACGGAUGAAAAACUGA